AUGGGCCUGCUGGAGUAUGUAUGGGAGCUGGUGUCUCCCAAGACACUCAUUGCUGCCCUCGUUGGCAUCUAUCUUGUCUACGCAUGUUUCCAACGGCUAUACGAGAGCUAUCGUAUAAGUAAACUCGGCCCCAGGGCUGUGAGCGUCCCUUACAAGCUGCCCUAUGCUCUUGAUUUCAUCUACUCGGCCGUUCAAGCAACCAUGCACCAUAAGAACCUUGAGAACUGGCGAGCUUUCUUCACCAAAACCGGCGUGGACAGCGAUGGCAACGGCGCCUACACCCUCGAGGUGCGUGCCUUCGAUAGACGAGUUGUCUUUACGGCAGACCCAGAGAACAUCAAGGCCAUUCUGGCGACUCAAUUUGGGGAUUUCGGAAAGGGCGAACCCUUCCACGAGGAAUGGGAGGAGUUCCUGGGCGACAGUAUAUUUGUGACGGACGGCCAGAUGUGGCAUACCAGCAGGCAGCUGCUGAGGCCACAGUUCAUCAGGGACAGGAUCAGCGACCUGCACUGUUUCGAGUCGCACCUCGAGGUGCUCUUCAGGGCCAUGGCCAAUGGAGGCGCACUGGACGGCGAGGACCAGCAAGUCGACCUGGGUGCUGUGCACGGACGGGUUGUGGAUAUCAGUGACCUCUUCUUCAGGUACACCCUGGAUGUUGCAACUGACUUCCUCCUGGGCAAGGAUGUGAAGUCUCUCAGCAAUCCGCGGCAAGAGUUCGCCGACGCCUUCAACGAGGUGCAGCGCGUUCAGAACAUCAUCACACGCGCCGGCCCGGGCAUCAGCAUGUUUGUCCCGAAGAAGAACUUCCGGAAAUGCCUGGCUACCAUGAACGCCUUUGUCAACACAUACGUGCAAAAGGCGCUCCUACUCUCUCCCGAGGAACUCGCGUCGAGGAACUCCAAGUCUGACAUGUCAUACACCUUCCUCCACGAGCUGGCCUCGUACACGCGGGACCCCAAGGUCCUCCGCGACCAGCUCGUGGCCGUUCUCCUCGCCGGCCGCGACACCACGGCCGCAACACUGUCAUGGACCAUCUAUGAGCUGGGCCGGCACCCGGAGGUGGUCGCCAGGCUACGCGCCGAGAUCCUGUCAACUGUCGGUCCGAACAGGACCCCGACGUACGCCGACCUCAAGGGCAUGAAGUACCUUCAGAACGUCAUGAACGAGAUUCUGCGCUUAUACCCCGUGGUUCCCUUCAAUGUGCGCUCUGCACUUAAGGAUACCCUGCUUCCCCGGGGCGGCGGCCCGGACGGCACGCAGCCGCUCGCCGUGCUCAAGGACACGCCCGUCGGGUACUCGACCCUCCUGAUGCAGCGCCGCGAGGACCUGUACCCACCCGUGUCAAAAGACUUCAAGCCCGUGGAAGACUUCUCUCCCGAGCGCUGGCAGGCCUGGAAUCCCAAGCCCUGGAACUAUAUCCCCUUCAAUGGCGGCCCAAGAAUCUGCAUCGGGCAGCAGUUCGCGCUGACGGAGAUGGGCUACGUGCUGACGAGGCUGUUCCAACGGUUCGAGAGGGUCGAGAGCUACAUGGACCAGGUGGACGGCGGGAACCCGACGCUCAAGGCUGAAAUAGUAUUGCAGCCAGGUGAUGGGGUCAACGUAGCAUUCUUCCUCCCUGAGCCUUCAAAAGGCUAA